CAUAGGCUGUUCACCACCGCAACCAAAACUUCAUCGGAGCGCAGCGCUCAUCGCAAUGGCUUCACGACUCAGCUGGGCACGCGUUGUGUUACUUUUCCUUGUCCACACUGGGACAUGCACUUCCAGUCUGAUCAGAGAUGAAGUGCGGUCUGAACUCAGUAUUUUCCAUCACUCCUGUGCGCUGAAGAAGGAGGAAGGACCGUGUAAGGCAGUGUUGGACAGGUUCUUCUUCGACACUGAGACGGGUCGCUGCCAGUGGUUUGAAUAUGGAGGUUGUCAGGGCAACGCAAAUAAUUUUAAGACGAUGGAGGAGUGUGAAGAGGCAUGUGUUGUGACAGGAGACAAGAGCCCCUGUCACUUGCCGGAUGAGCCCGGGCCCUGCAGAGGGCUGGUGCCCCGUUUCUACUUUGACAGCCAAACUCAGGAGUGCAAGCGUUUCUUCUAUGGGGGCUGCUUUGGGAAUGCCAACAACUUUAGGACCAUUAAAGAAUGCCAAGAUAAAUGUCAACGUGGGAAUGACAGAGUGGAAGCCAAAGCUGAGUUUGCAGAACCGGAGAAUCCCAGAACGGAGUCUCUGGUCACAGCUGAUGAAGUCACAGUCAAUGAAUCAUAUGUCCCACCUGCAAUCCAACCAGAAUCAGACAUUACUCCCCCAGAAUUCUGUCUGAGUCCAGUGCAGAAGGGCCACUGCGAUGGUGCGGAGAGACGAUACGCUUACAGUCCCAAGACUAAGAGAUGCCAGUUGUUCCGUUACAGUGGUUGUGGCGGCAACAAGAACAACUUUGUCUUGAAAAGACACUGCAUGAAAAUGUGCACGAAAGAUCACAACAGGAAAAAGCAAAUCCGAAUAAAGAAGAAGAGUACUGCCAUUUUAUUCCGAUCUGUCUGAAAUCCAGGUAGAUGUAUAAUCAAAAUCAACACUAGCUUUUAUCAGUAAGGCAUAUUUAUGCUUGUUAAGUAAGGUCUUUGACUUUCUUUUUAUACUUAUAGUUUUAUAUACUUGUAUUCACUCAAAUGUAUAUGUAAGUUCACAGUAUAUUUGUAAUGCUUUGUUACCUCGUACAUAAGUAUUUACUACUACAUUAAACUGUAUAUCUAUCUGUCUUAAUAGACCAAUGAUUCUAACAGUUCAUUCCAUCAUACACAGACAAGCAUCGCCAUAGAGUGGUGUGAUAAACCUUGUAUAUGAGUGCUGCCCAUCUGAAAGGUCUGUAAGGCUGUUGGGCUGUCUUAUUUAAACUAAUUUAAACAUGAGAAGAAACAUCACUGCGCUAACCAAUUACAGUUGUCAAGUUUUCAGUUUGCAAUUUGUAGCUGCUGAAGUUUGUAGAUAAUGCACUUAUGAAUUUGAACAAGUAAAUUUUAACCACAGUGAACUGUAAAGCAGUCUUCUAUUCACAUAACAGGAAUGCACUUCUAAGUCACUUUGCAUAAGAGUGUCUGCUAAAUAAACAAAAAUGUAAAUUGUAAAUACCUUCAAAAAAAAAAACAAAAAAAAAGGCCGAGAGAGCUAAACACGAACUGUUCUGUAUUCUCAGCACAAGAUGGCAUUAUUCCACCAAUAAACUGCUGUUGAAAAGUA